AUGGAUUCGGACACUCACCACAGGACUCGUGCGAUGAUCCUUCCGACUCACAUGCUUCAGUGGAGUUGGCAGCAUGCACGAAGUGUCAUUUGGUUGGCGCUUCGACAAAUCGAAGAGGCUUCAGAGUUGAUGGCGAAGUUAGAAAGUGCUUCAGUCCGUCUCAUGACCUUCAACUGGCAAAUCGUCCACGUCGAGUUAAGGUUCUUCCUUGUGUACCUCAACGCCUCCAGGCGUGCUACUCCGGUUCCCCUCGAUCGCCAGACGGUCAUCAGUUGGAGCCCACCCCCUCACCAACCUAACGCGGUUUACGCCCGAAUGGACACGCAAUUUACGCUCAACCAUGGCGACCUUGGUGUCGGUCAUGUGGACAGCGUGGCUACGGUUUUGUCGCUGCUGACUUUCGACGUGACGAUGUUGUGUAAACUCAACUGUCCAGGCUCAGAAUAA